AUGCAACGAAUCAUUGUAUUUUUGGUUUUGUUUGUCAAUCUCUUCCAGUCAUGUCUAUCACAUAGUACCAUUGCAUAUAAUAUACCUGAUCCAGAUUGCACUGGCCCUUUUAAUUUAUGUACAGAUGCUGAUAAAGAACGACUUGGUCGCCUAGCAGUCAAAGCUAUUCAUGAGCAGAUGGAUGAUGACAAAGAUGGCAUGAUUGAAGCAUCAGAAAGUAGUGAUUUUAUUAAAGAAGAACUAGAAUCUAAUACAGAUGCUAUUCGACAUCGUCAUUUUCAAAAUGCUGAUACACAAAUAACGUUUAAUGAUCUCUGGAGUCAAUGGCAAAAUAGUAUUGUUUAUAAUUGGACUACCGAUGAUGUAGUCAAUUGGUUGGUGAACUACGCUCAUUUGCCGAUGUAUGUGGAAAACUUUCGUCGAAAUCAAUUUGACGGUCGUAUGAUUCCCAGAUUGGCUGCCAACGAAAAACAUUAUCUUUCUGCUAUUAUGCAAAUACGUGAUGUGAGACAUAAGCGACGUUUGAUCAUCAAAGCUACAGAUGUUGUAUUAUUUGGUCCGCCUCCAAGUACACACAAUCUCGUAAAGGAUGUGAUUUUAAUAACAGCCGUGCUAAUAUCGUUUGGUGCUUGUUUGUACGCGUAUAUUCGGCAUCGUAGAACUCAAAUAAGUAUGAAUAUUAUGGUCAAGGAGCUAGAAAAUUUGCAGAAAGCGGAAGGUGAUCUCGCUUGCGUGACUGGAAAGAUAAGGGCAAUGGAGAACGAACUAAAAGAUAAGGCAAAAGUCGAUCGUGGAUUAUUAAAUUCGUGGUUUAUGGAAGUGCAGGAUACUAAAGAAGAAGCUGAUAGAUAUCGAAAGCGUCGUGGGUCAACUGUCGACAUAGAGAAGCAAAUGCGGUUAGCUGAACAAGAAAUCGAACAACUACGAAUUGCUUUAAAGAAAGCUGAAGAACAUGCUAAACAUCAGUCCUAUGAACCACCGGCUGAGCUAAUUGAUUUACUUAGACGAACGUAUAAUAUAGAAGAACUGGCGUUUGAAGCCACACGUCGUUCUGCAGAAAAUGCUAUGCUUACUGCAAAGGAGCAAAUGAACAAGGUCUCGAAGAUGCAAAAAGGCUUUUUCGGUGCCGUGCGUAUUGCGCAUACUGGUUGCAUGGAUGAUAUCAGUGAAUUAAUCAGCAAUGCUAAAGAGCGUUUAGCUGAAGUUCAACGUGAAUACGAAGAGCGUGAAAGACGUUGGAAUCGAAUUGCUGCUCUACUUAAUCGAGAAGAUUUUCUUAGUAACUCUUCACCAUCGACUUCAUCGAUUGGAACAAAUCAAUUUGCAGCUGCAAGUACAGCUGCUACAUUAAACAAUGGAUCAUCAGAUUCAGUCGUUCGACAAAGACAAAUAUCCAGCGAUUCUAAUGGUUUGAUCAAUACAAGUUACGAUCCAGCAAUAACGAAUAAAAGCAUGAGCAAUAUAAGCAAUCGUAACGUCUCAACGAGUGCCUUACAUCCAGAACAUUUAUCUCAACAAGAACUGCUCAGUCUCUCCGACAGUAAUUACGAUUUUGUCAAUUCGCCGUCUUCGACAUUAAAACGACGUGUUAUUGGUGGUCAGGUCCCACCAGCUAGUCGUUCAUCAACUGAACGUGUUCUUAAUCCUCCGGUAACAAUGACAUCGUCUCAGUCAGUCAGUGGUCUGUCCGAUUUAAGUAGCAAUCAUUCUAAUGGAACUUCACGACACGAUCUUCCGGAUUCUGCUGAGACAUCAUUAUUGGCAAAACCUGGUAAACCAGUGUUUGAUAUUGACAAUGUCGAUUUUAUGCUUGACGAUCAAGACCGACGAUCGAAUGUCGUUGACUCGGGAUCUGAUGAUCAACAAUCGGUCUCCUCGGGUAAAUCCCGGAAACAAGUUCUAUCAACGAAACUAUUAAAACCAUUUCAAAAUAUGCGUAUAAGAAAGAAAAGUGCCACUUAA